AUGCCUUUCCUUGGUCACGAAGAACCCGUCACGCGGGUGCGUGACCUCGCCGACGACGAAACCUUUGUCCUAUCUGAAUUUGAAGGUCACGCCAGCAAGUGCUCCCGCUGCGUAGACCCACUCGACACCUUCCGCGAAGGCCGCUCCUUGUGUGAGCGUGGCUUACAGUAUGCCACCGACGUCGCCAAUUAUGUCUUCAGCAAAGAAGGAAAGGCUUUCUCUUCCGUCGACCAGAUCCUCGUCCGUAUUCCACGCGGCUUCAAGUCCUCUCGUCGUCUGCUACUCGCCAUCGAAGAAGGUCUCCGCUUGCAUCAUGACCGGCAACCCGUGAUCAGCUACGAUGCCUCCUACCCCGUCGGACCUCGACGACCAGCUGAGGCGGUCACUGAGAUUAUCGAACGCGCUCCUCGCACUCGUCGUCGAGUCAUUGUCUAUCCUCGAUCCUCCCCGAACCGUUCCUCGGUAUACGAACCCGAGCGAUCUGAGCGGUCUGAGCGGUCCUCUCCCAACCGUGGCUCCCUAUACGAAUCCGACCGGGCUGACCGUCAGGGGCGUCGGUACAUUCGAGUGCGCCGCUGA